CUAGGCUGGCCUGAUGUAAAGUUUUGAGAGACUUCAAAACCUCCUGGGUCGAGAUUCCUGGGAAACUCUGUCUUGGUACUCCUGGUUUGCGUGAUUUACGCCUAGGAUCCGAAGCAAACCGAAGCUUGAAGAAAAUACGUGGCUCGUUUUGUGUUAUUCAUGCUUGCGUGCGUGCCGUCAUUCUGUUGUGUUUCCGGCGAUCUGGCUAGCAGAUCCAUUGCUUUACGGCGUUCUAUCGCUGGUUCCUCCUCAGUGAGUCUCGCGGUCGCUGAAUGUGCCUUCGCCGACAGCUGUUCUUCAAAAGCUCUUCUCUUCCAACGACGACUAGGAAAUAGCUGUAGCUCCGCCUCAUUGUCGAAAAGGUCCUGUAUCGGGAGGACGAACGUUGUACGGAUCCAUUCAACCAGUAUCAAUUCCGUUCAGUCCGUACGGUUCAAAAUGGCCGCGUGUCAGGACCCCGUACGCAUGCAAGUUGACGUGGACUUCCGUCCUGCUGACGUUAUUGAGAUCGCAGAGGCGGCGGGACGCGCGAUCCUGGAAGUUUACAAGAGCCACGAAGAUGACUGGGGCGUGGUUGUUAAGUCUGACCACUCUCCGCUCACAGACGCCGACUCUAAGGCCAACGCGUUAAUCUGCAGCGAGCUGGCGCGAAUCGCGCCGCACGUGCCGAUUGUCAGCGAGGAGACGAAGCUGGUGCCUUAUUCCGUCCGGAAGGGGUACCAGCUGUGGUGGUGUGUGGAUCCGCUAGACGGCACCAAGGAGUUUAUAAAGCGAAAUGGGCAGUUCACAGUGAACAUCGCUCUGGUGAAAGGAGACCGCCCCAUUCUAGGGGUCGUGCACACGCCUUGCCUCAAGAAGACGCACUGGGCCGUUGCCGGUAAAGGAGCCUUCCUGCGGGACCAUUCCAGCCAAUCAGAUUCGUCCGCUCCGCCUGAGGAUAAGCCGAUCCGGGCAGCUGAAUAUUCGGACGCUGACCCUGGGCUGGUGAUCAUGGGGUCCUUGUCGCACAGCACGCCUGAGACGGAGAAGUUUAUUGGGCAGUUUAAGGAGCCCAAAGUGGAGGCGAUGGGCAGCUCGUUGAAAUUUAUGCGGGUUGCGGAGGGGUCGGCGCAUGUGUACCCGAGGCUGGCUCCAACAUCAGAAUGGGAUACCUGUGCUUCUCAGAUCAUAGUGGAAGAGGCUGGAGGGAAGGUGCUGCAAUGGCCUUCUCAGGAGCCUGUAGUGUACCGCAAGGAAAACAUUCUCAACCCUCACUUCGUAGUUUUCGGUGCUCGAAAAGAGGCUCAGUGAGGCGGCUUGUCUGGUCUUCGCCGAUCCAAAUCCUUAAGUGGAAGAGGCUGGGGGAGGAAGGUUUUGCUGUGCAAUGGCCUUUUAAGGAGCUUGGGGUUACUGAAAGGAGAAUAUUCUCAACCCUCACUUUGUAGUUUUCGGUGCUCGAAAAGAGGCUCAGUGAGGGGGCUGCUUGUUGUCCGGAGAUCAGUGCUUGCAGGCAUUGUUGUGCAAGAAUGCUCAUUGUAAACUGUUGGAAGUAUCUCAAAGGACUUA